UUUGCUACAAGUUCCUGAUCCACUUUCUGGUGAUCUUUUCCUGACGGAUACUGGUUCCAACGGGUUCCCUCUUGGAGAGGGAGAUUCGCCAAGAAGGCGUCCAGGUGUCAUGCGUUGCUCCAUCCCAGUGCAGACGGCAUGUUCAGGUGUCGAAAUACGCAGCAAGACCACGGGGAGUGGCCCCAGCGAGAAAACGGUGCCCACGAUUUCCAUGUCCCUCAGCAUCGACCUUCCAGUGGAAGAGCUGAUCAGCGCGCUGAGUUUCUUCCAGCAGCAGCACUCCCCGCAGCCGGAUGAGGUGCCAACCGCCUUUGACUCGCGCAAGGCUCUGCCAACCGCGUCGGCGCAGGCUUGGAGCCCUGGCGUGCCAUCGGUGUCCGCUGACUUGAUGACACCUGCGCUGGCGGGAGGCCUCCCGGGAACGGCUCAGACCGCAAAGAGGGAGCCCAGGGAGCCCGCGGCCGCUUCUCAGGGGUAUUCCAACCUUGCACCGCCUCCGGGCCUGACCUCGCAGUGGGAGACAUUGAACAUGGCCACCAGGAGCAGGAUCAAGGUCACGAACCUGGUGCGACGCUUGAAGGCUCAGGAGGUGCAGAUGGUCUUCGAACGCUAUGUGGGCCCCAUAGCCCAAUGCACCUUGAUCGAGGACGCAUGCUCCAUCACUUUCAUGAAUGCGGACCACGCACAGGCGGCGGUUGACCGCUAUGAUGGUGGGGUGCUUGAGGUCAGAACGGACAAGUCUGUUCCCGGAGAAGCUUUGAUAUUGUAUCCCAAGGACAGCAACUUUCGACGUACUGUGGAGGACCGUAUUGGGCCUUUGCAGCAGUGCCACUUGCGACGGGGAGAAGGAUGGAUGACCCUCUUCCGUGGCUCCAUUACCAAGCAGCUGAAGAGGGAAGAGGCAUUGAACCAGAUUGACUUCAAGGGCAGCCUCAUUGGCAUUUCCUUAGAUGCUUCAACAGCACCACCGGCUCUGGGUCCGUUGCCUGGACCCAUGGAGGGCUUGGUGCUUGGUGGGCCAAUGGUUUUCUGAGAUCCGCGGGAGCACGGGGCGCUAGACCUGAGUCUGCUCCCACGGUCGGUUGCUUUGAAGGUACUCCAGGUACAGUCCCUUAGUUGGAGCUCUAAAGGGGGUACAGUAUUCUUGGCUUGUGUUCGGCGACCAGAUUGUUUCAUUACGUUGGAUUCUUUGGGUUAGCUGAACUCCCGGCCCCCCCCCACGCGCCACGUAAGUUGGGGGCCCUGCACCGGCGUAAUGAAGGGGGGGGUCAAAAACCUGGGCCUCCAAAACGAGCGGUUGGCCGCUCUGGUCGUCCAUUCAGUCGGGCGUCCAGGCUUUUGACCCCAUACUCUGGUGUAUAGACCCAUUGUGGCGCUGGGGCCAAAGGCCCUGUUCGGGCCAUCGUGACCUCUACAAGUAGUAGUCAGGCUCGAGGAUGGAACAUCCGUUUUCAACUUCAAUCCUCACGACGAGGUUUCCUCCUCAGCCUCAGAACGGGUGUUUCCGAACAGCCUCUGCCAGGUGCUUCGAUGAAGCACCCAGCCUUCAAUAAAUAUCAUGGCGAUCGCCCUACAGGGCGUGACAAAUCUUUUUCAAAACGGUGGCAA